CCAUACAAAAUGGCAGUCUCAUAUAACUCUGCUAUACUUCUUCUAGUUUCUCUACUAUCAAUCUCCUUCACGUUAACAAUCGUGAAAGCCGAUCUGAUAGGCGAAGUUUGCUCCAAAGCACAAAACCCCGCUCUAUGUUUAUCGGCUUUAAAUGCGGACCCUCGAUCCAAAGGUGCAAAUCUGGAAGGUUUAGCGACUAUUUCAAUAGAUAUAUCACAAAAGAAUGCACAGACCGUGCGUGAUCUUGUUAAUACGUUGCUUAAACAGGCGACGGAUCCAAAAUUAAAGACGCGAUACGAUUCGUGUUUAGAGAAUUAUAAUGACACUGUUGAUGAUCUUGGAGAAUUGCCAGGGUUUUUGAAGUCCAAAGACUAUCUCGGUUUGAAUGUUCAUGCUUCCGCUGCUUUUGAUGGUCCUACUACGUGCGAUGACAAUUUUUCAGAAACACCACCCGCUGAAUCGCCACAACUCAAAGAUGCAAGUGACAAACUUCAAGGACUUAUCGAUAUUAUUUUGGUUAUUAGCAAUCUAUUGAAAGGGUAAUUGAUAUGUAGCAAUUUAUGUUUUAUGCUAGGUAUUGUG